UGUUUCUUGAUCUGGGGCUCGGAUGAGGGAGGGAGGGCGAGGGAGGGGUACUGGGCUGGUUGCAUCGUGACCUGCAUGCUGAGACGCUGAGACACUGCUGGACUUGAUAAUAAUUUACUUCUAAUCCCUCGUCCGGGACGCUGCCUUACCACAGUGAGCAUUCGGCUGCCGAACAGGUAAUCCGAUACCGAACCCAGGUUUCCAGGAAGCAUCGCACCGCACCUGCAAAAAUACUUCGUACUGUACGACAAGCAACUCCAAGAGCCUGGCUCACACAAGCAGAUACCCAUCACUAAAGCAGUGCAACAACACACCACACCACACCACAGUCUCGGUACCAAAGGCGCCAGAGGCCUUUCCACCUAGGUAAAAUUAUACCUCAAGGUAAAACUAGUCGUCGAGCAACGUAGGAUGUCACAAGAUCUGGUGUCCGAAAAUCAACGUAAUGGCCUUCCCUGGAGGGACUCCAGCUUGCCUGUGGCUGUGUAGGUAACCACACCUUGGACAGUCAGCUGCUGCCCAGUAGUCCCUCAUUAUCGAAUUUACCUUACCUGCCUCAAGAGUCAAGAGGCCAACAAUGAAAAAAAAAAAAGUGAUGGUGCGGCAGCAGGGUGCGCGUGGCUUGGUCAGAAGGAUGCCCGUCUCCACGAUGACGUCUGGCAGGUCUCGCAAGAAUACAGUACAGUACUGUAGGAAAGCUAAUCUACAUCGUGCCAAGUCCGGGAGAGCCGGAACCUUUUUCUCUUUGAUUUGGUGCCAUUGGUGGGAGAGACGCGUUUUAUGGGACAGGGACGACUUGGGCCCGCCUAGGUACGAGAACGUGGAGAAUAGCUGGGUUGGUCCUGAAAAAAAGGCGCGGAUGGAAAGUACCUUAUUACGAAGUUAUGUCCUGGAAAUGUGCCGGCACUUCUGAACACUGGCCCUGGCCCUGCUCUAGGAUAAUUCUAUGCUAGGCAAUGCAAUGCAAUGCAAUGCAAUUCAAUUCAAUGCUGGCAUGACAGUCCUAAAUACUUGUCUGCAUGCAAUAUGCCAGCUCGUCGGACAAGAGAAGAACUCGGCGACGAGCGUAGAAAUCUCAAUCUCUCUCUCUCUCUCUCUCUCUCCACUUUGAUGGCAGAGCAGACUCUCCAACAGCGCAUCUUCUGUACUACAGGUACAGUAUGUGUCCCUCAUUCGGACUGACGCGGCCUGACUGGAAACGAAGCCCGCGAAUAUAAGUACCUAGGUACCUAGUACGUACUGUACUACUGUACCUUACAGUACAGUAGCGACACUCCAUGGUGUGUGUGACGUUUACCUACUGCUUGGCUGUAACGAUAUAGCAAUAGUGCUAUUUCAGCAAGAGCACUCUGCCCAGUGCGUCCCUAAGGUAGGUAAAGAAGUAGAGUACCUUAGUACCGGAACUCUUGUACUAUUCACGUAAACUAAAGUGGCAUCGAACUGCAACCCGGCCGGCAUCGGUAGAAGAGGGGUCGGAGGGGUCGAAGAUGCAACUUGGAACGCCUGCUUGCCAACAAAGGUAGAGGAGAGGUAAGCAGAGUUCUAGGAAAACUCUACGAUCCCAGGGAGAGGGGAGACGCAAUACCUUCCCACCGAGCGGACCACUUGCAGAUUCUUCCCAUCGAAGGAGAGAACCGCAAAUGAGGCAAUUGCACGGUGAGGCUUUUUUUUCUAUCUUAUCGCGCUCGCUGCGGACCUAGCCUGCCUCGGGACUGGAAAAUGCACUUCGAGCUGGGGCGCAUUCUGUAGCUCCUUAUACCAUCAGAUAUCUAUCGACAUACUUCGAGCAGCAAAAUAAUUGCAUACCUUAAAAGAGAAAGUAGCAUUUACAGCAGCCAUGAGCGACAUCUACAGGAAGGUUGGACGAGGAGGAGCUGGUAACUACUACAGCAAGAAGGAUAUUGCAGAUGCUACAAAGAACAGCAGCGACCUCGAAUCGCAAACCUCCUCGCACACCAAGGGGCCCAAUACCACCUCUCACGGCCACGCCCCCGAAUACCAACACACAGGCCGCGGCGGCGCAGGAAACUGGGUCCAACCAGCCGAACUUCAAUCCCACGGCCUAGCCCAACAGUCAGAAGACAUACACUCCACCGAAACCACGCGGCCAGCCGAAGCGCCAGUACAGCGCGUAAUGGGCUCGUCGAAGCCGACGUAUCGUGGGGGGAGGGGCGGGGCGGGCAACUACUUCGAUGAUGGGGAGGAGGCAAGGAGACUUGAGGAAGAGAAGGUCGAGGAAGAGAGGAGGAAGAGGGAGGUUCAAGGUAAGGUGGAGGAAGAUGUGGAGAGGGGGUUGAAAAAGCCAGAGAGGGCUUAUAGUGGGAAUUGA